AUGACUCGUAAAUCAGAGUUUAAACGGCAUCUUCGCUCCAAUAAUCUCAAUAUCGAAAAGGCUACGAUUAGUUUUCUUGAUAGACAUGUGAAAUAUCUUCAGCGUAAACUUAAACGUUCUGACAUUAGUUUCAAUGAAUAUAAAUCUCGUCUUGAUGAAAUCGAAGAACUCAAAAAAAAGGCUAGACUGCUUAAUGACAAAAUCACGAGUUUGGGAAACGAAAAUAGAAUGUUACGAAAUGAAAAUACAGAUUUGCGUAGCGUAAUAUAUUACGGAUAUAGAAUGGCAGUCACUACCAGAGUAGAUGGAGGAUUAUUGGAUUUUUUUCAAAGAAUGAAAAGAUUAUUUGAUACAUAUCGAGAUAAAUACGAAAUAGAUUCUAGUUCAUUGAGAAUAUCUGAAAUAAUUUACGAUGUGAAACCUUGGAAGGAUUUAAUAUCAAAUGAUGAAAUUCUAUCGGAGAUUUGCUCGUAUUUAUCUCCAGAAGAUUUAUUUUUUUCUCUGAUGCAAGUUGAAAAAUUAUUGUAUAAGAAAUUAUGGUUAGAUAGUACACAAACCAUGUGGAGGGUUUCUCAACAACAACAACCAAAUCAUAAUCAUUCUUGCCCCAUUCAUGUGACCAAACAGCAAUAUUGUUUUUUAAACUUUAUAUGCAAAAAAUGUCAAAUUUGCAAUCAACAUGUCGAUGAUUUCGCAUUAAUCCUUGAACUAAAAAUUAAAAUUUGUAGAUAUUGUCGUGAACCAGACCAUUUGACACUUGAACAAGAGAAUAAUUUUCCAUCCGAGCUCAUUUCAACAUUACAUUCAGUAGAUUACGCACAGCUUGAAGGAAGCUACUUAGAUUAUUCUGUGCGUGAAUUAUCAGCCGCGUCUCAUUUGGUUUUUUACUUGAAAAGAGAAGUAGAAGAUACCUUUAACGAGUAUCUCGGAGUUCCUGCUAAUAAGAAACAAGAAUGGUUAAAUAAGUGGUCAAAGGUCAUUCGAGAAUAUUACAAUGAUGUUUUAAAAAUUAAACAUCCAACUAUUACAGAUCAAUAUUUAAUUCCCCAAUGA